AUGAGCUAUGAUACAGCAGAGACGAUACCAGUAGCCCAGCAUGAGGCACGAAGCCUGUCGGGGCCCUAUCCUCGCCGCACCGCCGUCUCCGCCGCCGUCGACCCCGUAGCACUCGUCGUUACAGAAUGCAUCACGGUCACCUCUGCCAUGCGCAAGCAUGCGCGAUGGGCGCACUCCUCGGUAGCAGCUAUACUCGGUGGGGGUACGACUAGGUCCCCGCCUACACAAAGACGCGAGAAGGGCAACAGAGAAUCUACAGGAAGCCCAUCCCCGGGCCAGGAGCAGGAUGCGCUGGCUAGCAGAUGGGGCCUUAGAGGCAAGAAGGGCAAGAGCAUGCAGGACAACCCUCUCAUGGCUGCGUUUGCGCGUUUGCGGAAUGAUCUCAAGGGCUGCGAAGAUAUUCGAAAGUUUGACACGCCCGCGCUACUCCAUCCGUUCCUCCAAGUCAUACGCUCAUCCUCGACUUCGGCACCUAUUACCUCCCUUGCGCUCAUUGCCAUCACAAAGUUUCUGUCCUACAACAUCGUUGGCCCUGACUCCCCUCGAUUGUCUGUAGCCAUGCAGCUCCUGUCUUCAGCAAUCACGCACUGCCGCUUCGAAGCCAGCGACUCGGCCACCGACGAGAUAGUCCUUCUAAGAAUACUGAAGCUCAUGGAGAGCAUGAUAUCCGGACCGGGAGGGGAUAUAUUGGGAGACGAGGCAAUAUGCGAGAUGAUGGAAACAGGCCUGAGCAUGUGCUGCCAAGUCAGGCUCUCCGAGCUGCUAAGGCGAUCCGCCGAGGUAGCUAUGGUCAACAUGUGCCAGGUCAUUUUCGAGCGGUUAAAGCAUCUAGAAAUAGAAGCAGGCGAGGAGCCCGGGGCUCUAGAAGAGAGCACCAAGAAUGACAUGGACGCCGUGAAGAUGGAGCCUUCAGUCAAUGGAAACACGCUUAGUCCUCCAGCGAACAGGCCUGACGAAGGGCGGGGUUCGAGCAGUUUCGAGAAGAGUCACGAUGGGAGCGAGGGCAAUAUCACCAUGAACCCCAACAACAGUCAUGUCGACCUCCCUACCACUGCAGACUCUACAGAACUAGCGCCAAUCAAACCUUACUCGCUACCGUCCAUUAAGGAGCUCUUUAGAGUUUUGGUAGAUCUCCUAGAUCCGCAUGAUCGGCAACACAACGAUACGAUGAGGAUCAUGGCUCUUCGAAUCGUGGAUGUAGCGCUCGAGGUAGCCGGGCCAUCGAUAGCGAACCACCCUACUCUGGCAGACCUUGCGAAGGACACGUUGUGUAGGCACCUGUUCCAGCUGACCCGCUCAGACAAUAUGGCUGUCUUGAACGAGUCGUUACGUGUGGCUUACACCCUUUUGGCCACCUGCCGAGGGGUACUGAAGCUGCAGCAAGAGCUUUUCCUAUCGUACAUCAUCACUUGUCUGUUUCCACGUGUAGAGAUACCACAAGAACCUGGGAUCGAACCGGCGUUAUACGAGGGCGUUCCUCAGUCACCAAGUCUAGUCAAGCCAGCGCCCUCGCAGGCGAGCAGCGGCAGAUCAACACCUGUGCCAGUGAAGGACCGGCAGCGGCUGGGACUAGAGGGUGGCAUGAGGAGACCAGAUGCCCGAGAGGCAAUGGUUGAAAGCGUUGGCGCUCUUGUCCGGAUAACCUCGUAUAUGGUUGAGCUGUUCGUCAACUACGACUGUGAGAUUGACCGAGCCGAUCUUUGCUCCGAUAUGGUAGGACUUCUCUCACGCAACGCCUUCCCUGAUUCCGCUACGUGGAGUACAACGAACGUACCUCCGCUCUGUUUAGACGCUCUCCUAGGCUACGUGCAGUUCGUUGCCGACCGGCUAGAUGACGCGCCGGUAACGGAAGGUUAUCCCGAUGUGGAGGGGCUGAGGCAGCAGCGAGCUCGCAAAGAGACUAUUAUCCGAGGGACGGCAAAGUUCAAUGAGAAGCCGAAGGGUGGAAUAGCGUUUUUGGUCUCACAAGGUAUCAUCAGCGACCCAGAUGAUCCGAAAGCCAUCGCGGAGUUCGUCAAGGGCACUACGAGGAUUGACAAGAAGGUUCUCGGAGAAUUCUUGUCUAAGAAGGAGAACGACGCCAUUCUGAGCGCCUUCAUGAACCUCUUCAAUUUCACCGGACAGCGUGUAGAUGAGGCCUUGCGGCAACUCUUGAACUCCUUCAGAUUGCCUGGCGAGUCACAGUUAAUCGAGCGGAUCGUGACCGAGUUCGCCGCAAAGUACUGCGCCAGCUCUACAUCCGAGGAAGUCGUGGACAAGGACGCCGUAUUCGUCUUAACUUAUGCAAUCAUAAUGCUCAACACCGAUCAACACAACCCGAAUCUCAAGGCGCAGAAGCGUAUGACAAUCGAAGACUUCUCCCGAAACCUGCGGGGCGUCAAUGGCGGCAAGGACUUCGACCCCGAGUACCUACAGAACAUCUUCAACUCUAUCAAGACGCAUGAGAUCAUCUUACCCGAAGAGCAUGAUACCAGGCACGCCUACGACAUUGCGUGGAAGGAGCUCCUCGUCAAAGUACAGUCGGACUCCGACCUCGUCAUCUGCAACACAAAUGUCUUCGAUGCGGAUAUGUUUGCAGCGACGUGGAAGCCAAUUGUCGCGACACUAUCGUACGUGUUCAUGUCAGCGUCUGACGAUGCAGUGUUUACCCGGGUCCUAGCCGGCUUUCAACAGUGUGCGCAAAUUGCUUCCAGAUACGGUAUCACCGAGGCCAUGGAUCGCAUCGUCUACUGCCUCAGUAAUAUAUCUACACUCGCGCCUGAGGUGCCGCCUAGCACUUCGCUCAAUACGGAAGUCCAGGUAGAGAAGAAGAGUGUGAUGGUCAGCGAGACCGCUGUCAGAUUUGGCCGGGAUGACAGGGCGCAGCUGGCUACACUGGUGCUGUUCCGCGUGCUCAAUGGGAACGAAGCUGCAGUCCGUGGUGGAUGGGCCUACAUUGUUCGGAUACUGUUGAACCUCUUCAUAAACUCGCUAAUACCACCAUCCUUCCCUUCCAUCUCGAAAUCAAUAGAUCUCCCUCCUGUCCCACUCCAGAGCCCCGCACAGAUCAUAGACCGAGGCGAAAACCCAAGCGAAGCAGGCCUCUUCUCCGCCUUCACUUCCUACGUCUCCAGCUUCGCGAACGACGAACCGCCUGAACCGUCAGAUCAAGAGAUCGAGUACACCUUAUGCACUGUAGAUUCUAUCAACAGUUGCGCGAUUGAGGAAGUAUUCUCCAAUAUCAGCCGAAUGCCAAUCGAUUCUCUGAAGUCCUUGCUCUCCUCUCUCCUUUCCCAAAUACCUGAGGUCUCCUCGCCGAGAGUCAUCGUCGUGAAGCCCGAUCUACCAGCACCAAGCCCCCGAAGACCGAACGGCACCAAAGCGAGGCCGAAUGGACCAGUGUAUGAACCGAGCGUUGCGUUCGUUUUGGAGCUGGCUACUGUGCUAGCGUUGAGAGAUGCAGAGACGGUUGAAGCCCUCGGGAAAGAGGUUGCAGAUGCGUUGCAGACCGUGAUAAGGGAUUCUGCGCACGUGCACAGCGUGAUUAUUAGUCGAGCUGCCUAUUACCUGCUUCGGCUCCUGCUCGCUAGCAACGAUUAUGACUUCGUGCGCGCGCCAGUCGUCUUGCACACGUUCUCAAAGUUCGACCAGGAUCUGAUCAAGCAGUGUGCACCCCUGCUACUCAAGGGCUUAUCCGACUGCAUCAACGGCCCGUCUGGCCUGCGGAAUGAGAUGGCCAACUCUCCCGACUUCUGGUCGCUCUUACACGCUUUACUCCCGGUCACAGAGGCUUCUGCGGAUGUAUUCCGAAUUGUAGAAGAGCUUAUCACCUCACCGCGCCCGGGCAUUACGGCGGACAACUAUGAGGCGGCGAUAGCCUUGCUCAACGAGUUCGCCACUGCUGGGAGUGUGGGGGCUACGGAAGAGCAGCGACAGGACCCGGCGGCUCGAAGGGGCAGACAAGCUAAGCCGAAGGCACCUCAAACCAACGAAAAGGUGCUCCGAGGCUCCAAAGCAAUGAUACUAGUCCACCACAUGACCACCCGCGUCCCCAACUUCAUCGAGCAGUCCCAGCUCGAGACACACAAAGCAUGGACAGCCUACUGGUCCCCCAUCUUCCGCGCCCUAACGACCCAAUGCCUAAACCCGUGCCGCGAAAUCCGGCACCAAGCCUUCACCUCUCUGCAGCGCGCCCUGCUGUCCGAGCACCUCGCCUCGUCCGAGCACAAAGAGUGGACGGCGAUUUUCAGCGAGGUGCUCUUCCCGCUGAUCAACGAGCUGCUGAAGCCGGAGAUCUAUGCCACCGACCCGGCCGGGAUGGGCGAGACGAGGGUCAGGGCCGCGACGCUGCUGUGUAGGAUCUUUUUGCACUAUCUGGUGCUGCUCGUGGAGUGGGAGGGGAUGCUGGGGCUGUGGGGGAGGAUUUUGGAGGUGCUGGAGAGGUUUAUGUGGAGUGGGCAGGGGGAUACGCUGGAGGAAGCCGUCCCCGAGAGCCUCAAGAACAUCCUGCUCGUCAUGUCGAGCGGUGGAUAUCUGGUCCCGCCCGACCAGGAUCCGGAGCAGGCGGAGUUGUGGAACGAGACGUGGAAGCGGCUUAAUAGAUUCUUGCCGAACUUGUUUGAGGAGCUGUUCCCGGAGGAAGCGAAAAAGCCGCCGCCCGGUGCGGUGAAGAUGGCGGAGAGACCUGCUGAGGCGAGAUCGCCCGCGCCGGAGGCAAGCGAGGUCAGGAGUCAGGCUUGA